UCUCCUAAUCACACGCGUCUUCUUCUACCUCAUUUCCUCUUGAAUCGUAAUAAAUACUCCUACUAUUGCUAAAAUCCAAGAGUCCAUGUAGAGACUGAGACAUUCCCAUUAGUUUCCCACACCACGUAUCUCUGUCUCACACCAAAAAAAAUCCAAAACCAAAGCAAAUGAAGAAGUCCAUUAUCUAUACCACUCUCUUUACCUUAAUUGCUCUUCUCUUUGGUUGUUCUACUGCUCUCAAGGAGGGACAGACAUGCGUAUCAGACAGUAACUGUGACUCCUUGUUGCAUUGCGAGACUUGUGUAACAAACGGCAAUGUUCGACCAAGAUGUACUCGGAUCCAACCUAUUAGUCCCACUUCUAAGGUGAAAGGGUUACCAUUUAAUCGGUAUUCAUGGCUGACAACACACAACUCGUUUGCUAGGCUGGGACAGAAGUCAGCUACAGGCUCUGUAAUCCUUGCUCCUACAAACCAGCAAGACUCUAUUACAAGUCAGCUCAAUGAUGGUAUUAGAGGGUUGAUGCUUGAUAUGUAUGACUUCAACAAUGACAUUUGGCUAUGUCACUCCUUUGGUGGCCAGUGCUACAACUACACAGCUUUUCAACCUGCCAUCAAUGUUCUCAAAGAGAUCCAAAGUUUUCUUGAUGCAAACCCAUCAGAGAUUGUCACCAUUUUCAUUGAAGACUAUGUUACAUCACCAAAGGGCCUGACUAAGGUGUUUGAUGCUGCUGGCCUGAGGAAAUACUGGUUUCCUGUAUCUCAAAUGCCACAAAAUGGUAGAGAUUGGCCAACAGUAGAUAAUAUGGUCCAGAAAAAUCAGCGUUUAUUGGUUUUCACUUCAAAAGCAUCUAAGGAGGCUUCUGAAGGGAUUGCCUACGAGUGGAGAUAUGUGGUAGAAAACCAAUAUGGGAAAGGUGGAAUGAUAGCUGGUUCAUGUCCUAAUCGGGCAGAAUCACCUCCCAUGAACUCAACAUCAAGGUCUUUGAUCCUAGUGAACUUUUUCCGAGAUUUGCCAGAUGUAACUCAAGCUUGUAAGGAUAAUUCAGCUCCAUUGCUUAGCAUGGUGAACACCUGCUAUGCAGCAGCCGGUAAACGAUGGCCCAACUUCAUUACUGUUGAUUUUUACAAGAGGAGUGAUGGUGGUGGUGCACCAGAAGCAACGGAUGUGGCAAAUGGCCACUUAGUUUGUGGUUGUGGAAAUAUUGCCAAUUGCAAGGCAAAUGUGACAUUUGGAGUAUGUGACAUUCCUGAGGCAAAAGUUGCCCCAGCGGCUAGACCUGCAGCAGUAGCACAUGACUCUGGCUUUGGUUAUGUAAAUACCAAGCCACUUCAAUUGCGGUGGCUGUUAGGGACUGCUUUUUCAGCCCUGUUCUUGUCAUUGUGAAUAUAGAUGUACUACUAUUUCCUGUGAUAUUUUUCUGCAUUAAUUUCAUGGAAAAGAAAAGGAAACUAACCGAGACUAAGAUAACCCAUUUAUUAUACAUUUUAAUGUCACUCUUAAUCAUUAAUUAAGAGAAGAAAAAAAAAUUCAUUAUUUGUUAUAACAGGUUUGUCAAAUUGGACGCUUUCACACAGACCAGUUCAACUGUGGUGGUCUCGGAGAGUUUCGGUGGCCUUUUCUUCAUGCCAUUUUGAAA